CGAAAAAUUCAGCUGCCAACUCAUUCUCGGGAACGUCACAAUUUUUUCUCCACAGUCUGGACACAUUUUAACCAUUUUUCAAAGAGGUCAAAAGUAUUCUUGGGUGCUUAUUGCAACAGGGAGAGAGACAGCCAUGUGGAAAUCCGUUCUAGACCUGUGCAUGACAGGUAUCAUAGCAACACUCCUAGUACUCAACAUUAACACUAUGACAGUGCUCGGUGCUCCAGUUGAAGAGCGUGAAGAGAAAGUAGACCAGGAGAAAGAGGAGUAUCAGAAUACCAAUGGAGCAGGAUCACUGAAGACUUGCUGGGAAACAGAAAAUUUUACUUUUAUUGGGCCCUGUGAUCCAUGUCAUCUUUUAGCUUCAAAAGUAUACACAGAUUCAUGUUCAGAGACAGGAUUCCAGCAAUUAGUUCAAUGCACAGAUUCAAAUCAACAAGUUUAUAAAAGUUGUCCAAGAUCAAGGGAAUCGAUAGAAAAAUCAUUUUGGGUGUUUGAAGGAGUGACGUUACUCAUUGGAUUAGUUGCCUGUAUGGUCGUCUUUGUGAGGCGGAGAAAACUGAACCGUGAAGCAGCGGAAAGAGUCAGAAAACAGAUAUCAAACUCUGCCUGAGGACAUAAUAUAAAUGAUAGUACUAGGACUUCAUUGUGGACCAGGCCUAUGUAAGGCAUGCAAUAUUCUUCUAUAUUCUUACAUGUAUAUUGUGAAUUUUUGUGAAAGAGAAGUUGAAGAUGGUGUACCCCAAGAUCUUGUGGAGAACCCAACACCUUGCAGUGUUAACCAAAUAGACUGAUGAUGAUGAUGAUUGUUUUACCAACUGCUGAGGAAAGGACUAUUUGCUUCAAGAUAAGCAACCAGUAUACAGGUUUAAGUCUUUUUCAAGGAACUUGAUUAUGGAAGAUUUAAGUUGCUCUUGCAUGGUAUAUAGAGGGCGGCACGCUGAGCCAACAGGUAUUACGCUCCUGUGCGUACUAGUGUCCCUUUAUGCGUCUGUCCGUAUGGGAGUUGCAAUACCUGUUGGCUCAAUGUUCGCCAAAUUACCUACUAUAUGAACAACUACUUUAUAUACCCACGCAUGAUCAUCUUUAAUAACUUACUUAUUACAAGUGCACUAGGGCUUGGGUUUCAAAGUGGGGACUUCCUGAUUGUAAGACUAUGGCUCUACCAAUGAGACAUCCUGCCUGCCCGAUUUUGAGAGUAAACGUUCACCCAUGUGUGAGUUUGUUUGAUUGAAAAGUCUUAUGCAGUUGAAUUUGAAGACUUUGAUAAACCACUACCAGUACUGUUGAAAGGGAUGGAAGGUAUAAAUUUGACCCAAUACCCAGCUUCGGCAAUCCCAAAGAAUAUCUGUAAUGGGACUGGGUCCUGUCCUACUUAUGCCUAUUUAUAGAUACUGUACAUCCAACCUGUGUGAGAUUGCGGACAUAAAGGUGGAAACUUAUUUCAUAAGGAAUCUGGUGCAAGCUAAGUGCAUGGCAAUAAACAUCAGGACCCAUGAAACACCAUUUCCCAAAAGAUGUCUUGAAUUUUGCGGAGCAUGAAGUCAAUAAUAUAAAUAGUU